CUCUUUCCCACAGAAUAAUUCGAAGACUUCACAUACUAAUACAGUUUCAGAAGACUAUUAAAAGCAACCAAUAUCUGCUAAGAAGACAUAAUGGCUAAAGCUAUUGGUAUUGAUUUGGGAACUACCUACUCCUGUGUGGGAGUGUUUCAACAUGGCAAAGUGGAAAUCAUCGCCAAUGACCAAGGAAACCGUACCACACCAUCUUAUGUGGCCUUCACGGACACGGAACGCUUGAUCGGCGAUGCCGCCAAGAAUCAGGUGGCCAUGAACCCUUCCAAUACGGUGUUUGACGCCAAGCGUCUGAUCGGUCGUAAGUUUCAAGAUCCUACCGUCCAAAGGGAUAUGAAACAUUGGCCUUUCCACGUGGUGGAGAUUGGGGGCAAACCCAAAAUCCAAGUUGAAUACAAAUGCGAGCAGAAGACCUUCAACCCCGAGGAGAUCUCUUCCAUGGUAUUGGUCAAAAUGAGGGAAACCGCGGAAGCCUACUUAGGAUCUUCCGUCAAGGACGCCGUGAUUACGGUGCCAGCCUACUUCAAUGACUCGCAACGUCAAGCAACCAAAGAUGCGGGCGCCAUUUCGGGAUUGAAUGUUCUACGAAUCAUCAACGAGCCCACGGCUGCCGCCAUUGCCUACGGGUUGGAUAAGAAGAAAGGAGCCAAAGAGAGCAAUGUGCUCAUAUUUGAUUUGGGAGGUGGAACCUUUGACGUGUCGAUCUUGACCAUUGAGGACGGGAUAUUCGAAGUCAAGUCCACUGCGGGUGAUACCCACUUGGGCGGAGAGGAUUUCGACAACCGAUUGGUGGACCACUUUGUGAAGGAGUUUCAGCGUAAGCACAAGAAAGAUAUGAGCUCUAACAAGCGUGCCAUUCGACGAUUGCGAACCGCAUGUGAACGGGCCAAGCGAACUCUGUCGGCGUCCGCUCAAGCUAACAUCGAGAUUGACUCGUUGUUUGAAGGCAUCGAUUUCUACACCUCGAUCACGAGAGCGCGGUUUGAAGAACUCUGCGCUGACUUGUUCCGCGCCACCCUAGACCCCGUGGAGAAAUCUCUACGCGAUGCCAAGAUGGACAAGUCCGCCAUUCACGAUAUCGUGCUGGUCGGUGGUUCCACCCGUAUCCCAAAGAUCCAAAAACUGCUUCAAGAAUUCUUCAACGGCAAGGAAUUGAACAAGAGCAUCAAUCCGGAUGAAGCCGUGGCGUACGGAGCUGCCGUGCAAGCGGCCAUCCUCACCGGAGAUACCUCUGAAGAAGUGGGCAGUCUGCUGCUUCUGGAUGUGGCUCCUUUGUCUUUGGGCAUUGAAACCGCAGGUGGAGUGAUGACCUCGCUCAUCAAGAGAAAUACGACUGUGCCCACCAAGCAAACCCAAACGUUCACCACCUACUCGGACAACCAACCCGCCGUCACCAUCCAAGUCUUUGAGGGUGAGCGGGCCAUGACCAAAGACAAUCAUCUUCUGGGCAAAUUCGACUUGACCGGCAUCCCACCCGCUCCCAGAGGCGUGCCUCAGAUCGAGGUCACUUUCGACAUGGACGCUAACGGGAUCUUGCAUGUCUCCGCCAUGGACAAGUCUUCCGGCAAGCAAGAGAAGAUUGCCAUCACCAACGACAAGGGGCGACUCUCCAAAGAAGAGAUUGAGAAGAUGGUCAAUGAGGCCGAGCAAUACAAGGCCGAGGACGACAAACAGAAGGAGAAGAUCGCGGCCAAGAACAAUUUGGAGUCCUACUGCUUCAAUAUGAAGAGUUCGAUUGAUGAUGUAAAGUUCAAGGAUAAGUUGAGUGACUCCGAUCGUAAAACUAUUACCCAGACGUGCGAUGAUGCGGUCCAAUGGUUGGAUGGGAAUCAGCUGGCCGAGAAAGAGGAGUUUGAAGACAAGCUGAAAGAAGUGGAAAGGGUCUGCAACCCGAUUAUAUCCAAAUUGUACCAAUCGGCGGGUGGAGCUGCCAAUGGUGGUAUGCCCGGUGGUAUGCCGACUGGCAAUGCUCAGGGUGGACCUACCGUGGAAGAGGUCGAUUAGAUAGAAAUAUGGUAGUGUCUGCUUACGCCUAAUUGAAAAUUCUAGUUUGUCAGAAAUAGCUACUCCAAAUCGCUCUUGUAACAUACUCUCUGAAUUGUUCGUUCGAGAAAUAAACUAUGAAACCUUUUAA